AAAUUAAUAUGAAUAUACACCAUAGUCUUUUAGCCAAAAGAAAAAGGGACCUACAUGGUAGAAAAACACACUCAUCAUCCUUUCCUUCUCUUUUCUUCUUAAUAAAUACCACCUUCCUCUCACCUUCAUUUUUGAGCAUACCCUUCACAUAAUCACUUAUAUCUCCUCCUCAAAUCAUCACAUCCUCAACAAUCUCACUUCAAUUUCAAAAAAAAAAAAAAACUUUUGUUUGAAGUUUUUCAUUUGGCAUUUCAAAAAUGGAAGAGAACAUUAAGUGUGAACUAAGGCAAGGUAAGGAGCUAGCAAAGCAACUUCAUGGUCAAAUUUUCUCUUCAUCUUCUUCUUCAACAUCUUCACCAUCAUCAAAUUCAUCAUCACAUGAAGCAAAUGAGGUCUUAAUUGAUAAAAUACUCUUGUCUAUUGAGAAAGCAAUCACCAUGGUUAAAGAUAAUGUGGGAAAUUUUGAGACAAAAAAUGUCAACUUGAUUGGUUCUCAUUGUUCACAUGGAAGUCCUAAAAGUGAGGUUCAAGACUCAGAGUUCAAGCACAAACAUGUCUCUAAGAAAAGAAAAACCAUGCCUAAGUGGACAGAACAAGUGAAGGUGUAUUUAGGAACAUCUUCUGAGGGGUCUAUGGAGGAUGGUUAUAGCUGGAGAAAAUAUGGACAAAAGGAUAUUCUUGGAGCUAAAUUUCCAAGAGGAUAUUACAGAUGCACACAUAGAAAUGCACAAGGUUGUCUAGCUACAAAACAAGUGCAAAAAUCAGAAGAAGAUCCAAUGAUAUAUGAGAUAACCUACAAAGGAAGACACACAUGCAUCCAAUCUAGUCACUUGAACAAACCACACUCAUCAAAAUCAAAUUUGAAAUUUGGACAAAACAAUUCACAACUCAAUCAACAAAUUCAACCACAAGAAGAAAAAAUUCAACCAACUAGCCAAGAGAAAAUUUCCACUUUUGACAACAAAGAGGAUAUUUUUUCAUCAUUCAAUUUUUCUUCUCCAUCAAUAGGAUCUCAAAAUGGAGAUACCAACAUCUUUUUAGAGACAUCGGUUGAAAACAAAUUCAUGGUAAAUGAAAACAACAACAAUAUAUUCUCGGAAUCAAACGUUUUCACGUUGUCACAAUUUGAUUGGGAGAGUAUUGAUCUAGGCCCAAGUGAGUCAGACAUCAGUGAUAUAAUCUCAUAUCCAAAUUCAGUUAUCGAUUAUUCGAUAGAUUUAGAUAUCUUCAAUAAUUUUAACUUCGAUAUGGAUUUUUCGAGCAACAUUUACGAACUUUGAUAUAGAUGAAUUGUCACAUUGUGAUAUUUGUGCAAGGAUUAAUAUAUAAGUUUUGUAGAUCAAGAUUAGUAAAUUUGAAGAGAGAAUGAAGAGAAUUUAGUGUUCAUGUUUUGUCUCUAGAUGUAAAAAUAAUGAAACUUCAUUUUCUUGUUAGUCAAGAGAGAUUUUGAGUACUUAGGAUGUAAUGUAGUAAUCAUUUGUCUUUUUUUGUUCAAGCAAAGGAAGAAUGUGUGAAAUAAAUAGUUUUUGGUUUUCUCUCA